AUGGCUGUCAUCACAUUCCGGUCCAAUGAUGCUCUAAGAAUCAAUCCGCCAAGCGGUGAUCAGCAUCUCACAGUUAACGGUUCAGACUGGCUCUGGACUGUGUUUGCCAUAUAUGCCUGUUCAUUUAUCGUUGUGGUUCUCCACUCAUUUUUCGCCCGAGCUGGCGAGAAGGUUUUCCACUACAUUUACGGCAUUGCUCUUCUUGUCGGCUCCAUCGCAUACUUUACUAUGGCCUCUGACUUUGGCUGGAUAGCUAUCUCCAACCUUGAGAACAAGGACUUUGCCGCUACCCGACAGAUGUUCUAUGCAAAGUUUAUCAACUGGGUUGUGCUUUUCCCCUCUGUCGCUCUCAGCCUGGGCCUAAUGUCUGGAGUGUCGUGGGCCACCAUCAUAUACCACAUCUUCCUUGCCUGGACCUGGAUCAUCGCUUACCUCGCCACUUCUGUUGUCGCUACUACAUACAAGUGGGGCUACUACACUGUCGGCACCGUUGUCUGGAUAUUGCUGGCCUUUGGCACCUUAUAUGAGGGUCUCCGUGCUGCUCGCCGUGUAGGCAUUGUUCGCGACUACUGCAUCCUCGCUGGCUGGACUAACCUCUUGUGGCUGUUGUACCCUAUCGCUUUUGGCGUGAGCGACGCUGGCAACAAGAUCGGAGUGACUGCCAGCUUCAUAUUUUACGGCAUUCUUGACGUGCUUUUGAUCCCUGGAUUGACCUUCCUCACGUUGACACUGGCUCGAAACUGGGAUUACAACAAGCUGAAUAUCGUCUUUACUCAGUAUGGCCGUGUACCUAUUGCCAACGGUGAAUUCGCCGAAAAGGCACAGGUCCCGGCUCCUGCACCUUUGACUGAUAGUGCGGCUGUCUAA